AUGGAGGAUCAACAUGAAAGGGUUCCAGUGGAUGGAAGAGUUUUAGUGGAGGAAAAGGUUCUAGUGGAGCAACUAGUUCCAGUCAAAAGGGUUCAUGUGGAGGAAAGAUUUCAUUUAGAAGAAAGGGUUCCGGUGGAAGGAAGGAUUCUAGUGGAAGAAAAUUUCGAUCCAAGUGUUAUGGGGAGGACCAAUGAAAAUGGGUAUGAGAGCAUGUUUGGAAGUGGGAACUUAGAUGGUGGAUUGGAGGAUAAGCAAGAAACCUUGGUACUUGAGAGGCCGGCCAAGAAACUGAAGUACCAUCGACAUACUCAAGAGCAAAUUAAUGAGCUUGAAACUUGCUUCAAGAAAUGGCCUCACCCUAACGAUAAACAAAGGUUGGACCUCAGUAGGAAGCUCAGCUUGGAGCCAAGACAAGUGAACUUCUGGUUUCAGAAUCGGUGA